CAUAAAUAAAUAUGGGUAGAUUGAAGAGAAAGAAGUUGGUCAAUGCACUUGAUCGUAUGCUUGAUAAGAACGCCUGGAAAGCUGAACAAGAACGUAAAGCAAAAGCUUUAGCCGACAAUGCCGAAAAGGCCAAAAGAAACCAAAUCAAGGCAAAGAAGGCCGAUUCAGAAACUAUCCGUGUCCGACCCCAAUUCAAGUCCAAGGACAAGAUCUUGUUGAUUGGCGAAGGUAAUUUUUCGUUUGCUAGAUCCUUAGCAGAGAACUAUCUUGAGGAAGGCUCCGAAAACAUGGUUGCUACUUGUUAUGAUACCGAAAAAGUCCUGUAUGAAAAAUAUGGUGACGAAGCAAAAGAUAACGUAGAGUUAAUUCGUGAAUAUGGUGCCACCGUAUUGUUUGAAGUAGAUGCAACUGAUUUUCCCAAGGAAGUCAAAAAGAAUAGAUACCACAAGAUUAUUUUCAAUUUUCCUCAUGCAGGCUCUGGUAUCAAAGAUCAAGAUCGUAACGUUGUUGCCAAUCAAAAGUUGUUAAAUGGAUUCUUUGAUGCAGCAACACCAAUGUUAACAAAAGCGUCUAAAGGAGAAAUCCCAGCAACCAAAUCAAAUACUCGACAAGCAGAAGAGGAGAUUGUUCCUGAUGGAGAAAUCCAUGUGACAUUAAAGACUUGUAAGCCUUAUAAUUUAUGGGCAGUCAAGGGUUUAGUGAAGGCAAAUGGUGUUUUGGCAGUGAAAGGUACAACACCGUUCUAUGCGGAUGAUUUCCCUGGAUACGAACAUCGUCGUACAUUAGGUUACAAGGAAGGAUUAAGUAAAGGCGCCAAUGCCGAAAUUUUAUCAGCAGAGCCAAAAACAUACAUGUUUGUUAGAAAAGAAGUAAUGGAUUUAGAAAAUGAAAAGAGUAUCAAGGGUUCUUUAAAGAGAAAAUUAGAGAUCAAGAAACUCAAGAUGGGAAAGAAGAAAUUGGCCUGCUUUUUUAUCCUAUUAGUUGACUCCGACUAUUAG